GCGAUACUUUUGUCAUGGUGCCCGCUUGACGCUCGAUCACUUCAACCCCAUUGCACAGCAAAAGGUCCUCCUUCCAAAUACCCCAGUCCACAGCUCGCGCAUUCGGCUUCCUGUCUCGAUCCAUGGAGGAGUAUCGGUAGCACUCGACAGGAAGCUGUCCGACCAUUUCACCAUGGCAAUGAAUUAUGUGACGUUCAACCAGGACUACAGUCACCUGGCUGUAGGAACCUCCAAAGGUUUCCGAAUCUUCACCACCGAUCCAUUCGCAAAAUGCUUCGAAUCCCGAGAUGCUGGCAACAUAGCCAUACUCGAGAUGCUUUUCUCAACUUCCCUGGUGGCUCUCAUCCUCUCUCCACGAAGACUACAGAUAAAGAACACAAAAAGAGACUCGAUUAUAUGCGAACUUACCUUCCCUACAACGGUCUUGUCUGUACGGCUCAACAGAAAGAGGCUGGUUAUCGUGUUGGAGGAUCAGAUAUAUCUCUACGAUAUACAGACUAUGAAACUACUUUACACCAUCGAGACAUCUCCGAAUCCUACAGCAAUUUGUGCCCUUUCACCGUCGUCAGACAACUGCUACCUAGCCUAUCCGCUACCACAAAAAUCGUCUGCUAAUUCCUUCUCACCUCCCUCGCAUGCGCCUCCCCACAGCACGCAUAUUCCACCGACUUCCGGUGAGGUUUUGUUGUUCGAUGCUGUCAAGUUAGAGGCGGUCAAUGUGGUCGAGGCACAUCGAUCUCCGCUGUCUUGUGUAACGUUCAACAACGAAGGGACCAUUCUGGCCACAGCAUCCGACAAGGGAACCAUUAUUCGGGUCUUUUCGGUACCGGAUGCACACAAGCUUUACCAGUUUCGAAGGGGGUCUAUGCCGGCACGAAUAUACAGUAUGGCCUUCAAUAUCACCUCAACGCUGCUUUGCGUGUCGUCCGCGACCGAGACGGUCCAUAUUUUCAAGCUUGGCCCUCCUACCAACCGGCCGGAAGAUAGUGAUGAACCUGCUUCACCUACCAAAUCAACUUCUGCGUUUACCCGACGAUUGAGUCAGGGAAGUGAUGCAAUGUACGACCAACCUGGCGAUGAUGAAGACGAACCCGAGUCUCCUACAGCCAUGGCGACCCGGAAGCCGAAUGGCACAUUCAUGGGUUUGUUACGAAGAACAUCGCAACACGUGGGCAUCAAUAUCGCCUCGACAGUAGGCGGAUAUCUUCCCAAAGGCGUGGCGGAAAUGUGGGAACCCGCACGAGACUUUGCCUGGAUCCGACUGCCCCGAUCGAAUUCAGGGACGGCACCGAGUCAACUACGCAGUGUUGUUGCCAUGAGUCCCAACUCGCCUCAAGUGAUGGUGGUUACGAAUGAGGGCAACUUCUACGUCUUCAGUAUCAACCUGGCCAAGGGUGGUGAGGGUACUCUGGUCAGGCAAUAUUCGGUACUUGGUAUCAAUGACAAGAUGGGUGGUUCUGGCGUGGACUAUUGAUGACCUUGUGCACUUUCCAGGUUCCAGUCCACUACAGUAAUGAUUUAGCGCUGGCGUUAGGGGAUGCUUGAAUCAGCGUCAGUCAAGCAUAGCGGCCUCGUGCUGCACCAUAGUUGAAUGAUAAUAUUCGCAACUCAGAGCUCUACUCGCAUGACCGAACAGAAAUAUGUUGAUACAACCUGUGCAACGCUACCUAGACCUGACGUACCCUGAACCCAAUUGGA